GCGCUUCUCACACCCUCUCUCCCUCCCAACUUCUCAAAUCCUCCAUUUUUUUUUCUCUGCAACCAACUGUUUCAAACGAAACGAAACGAAACGAAACGAAACGUUCCGAAUACCAAAAACACCAUUUUUAUGCUUUUCUGAAUCGAUCAUGGCAUCUACAAAGAAAGAUGUGGAUCGGAUCAAAGGUCCGUGGAGCCCCGAAGAAGAUGACAUGUUACAGAAACUAGUUCAAAAACAUGGAGCUCGAAACUGGUCUCUGAUAAGCAAAUCUAUACCAGGUAGAUCUGGAAAAUCGUGCCGGUUACGAUGGUGUAACCAGCUCUCUCCUCAGGUGGAGCACCGGGCUUUCACUCCGGAAGAAGACGAGACUAUCAUGAGGGCUCACGCCAGGUUCGGCAACAAAUGGGCCACGAUUGCCCGGUUGUUGUCGGGUCGGACCGACAACGCCAUUAAAAACCACUGGAACUCGACCUUGAAGAGGAAGUGCUCGUCUAUGAGCACCGAUGAAGGUGACGACUGUUCCAAUCAUCAACCGUUGAAAAGAUCGGUUAGUGCCGGGUCGGCUGUUCCGGUUUCGGGCCUCUAUUUGAAUCCGAGUAGUCCUUCCGGAUCCGACGUCAGCGAUUCGAGCCUUCCUGUUAUGUCUUCGUCUCAUGUAUACCGACCUGUAGCGAGAACAGGUGGCGUCUUGCCUCCACAGGUUGAAACCACGUCGUUGAAGAACGAUCCAACGACCUCUCUGAGCCUUUCGCUUCCCGGAGUCGAUUCGUCUGAUUCUUCCAAUCGCGUGAACGAGGCGACUCAGUUACGACCACCUCCGCCGGCGGCGGCGUUGGUUUCAAUGAAUAUAGAGUUCGCAUCACCGUCGAUGGCGGCGGCUCCGGCGAUUGUAGUACCAGUUCAGCCGGUAAAUCAAAGGAACAGUGAGUUCGGAGGGGUGUCAUCGCCGGCGCCGGAGACGGCGUUCCCGCAGUUCAGUGCGGAGUUGUUGGGGGUGAUGCAGGAGAUGAUAAGGAAGGAGGUGUGGAAUUACAUGGCGGGAAUAGAACAAAUACCAACACAACAGCAAGGUGGAUAUUGUAUGCCACAGGCUACUGCAGAUGGAUUCAUGAACGCAGUUGUGAAGCGCAUCGGAAUCAGCAAGAUCGAGUAGUUGAAAGUAAGGCUGAGUUUGGAUGGGAAUGAAAUGGAUUCGAAUCAAGUGAAUUGGACCUCGUUUCUGUUUGGAAAUGUACCGAUAAUAAUUUAGGUCAGUGUACAGAGUGAGGGAGAUAGACCGUGGAAGAGAACAAAAUGGAAUCGAGAGAACGAGAGAGUUGAGAGCAGAAAAAUGCAACUUUUUUUCUUUUUUUCUUUUCGGUUUAUUCUCUAUAUUUGGGACUUUUGUUCAUCAGGUAAUGAGAAAAAAAACUAGCUGGAAAUUAAGUUUAAAAAAAAAAAUUAAAAAAAAAACAAUCUUUUGAAUUUUCAA